AUGUCCGAACUAACUGAGGGAAUUCUAGCACCAGUGCCUUGCUUUUUUGACGAGAACGAAGAGAUUGACUACGCGGCUUUCACAGAACAUGUGGUCCGUCUAGCUGUUGCUGGUGUCAUGCCUGUUGUGUCGGGCUCUAUGGGGGAAGCUAUCCACCUUGAACGCGACGAACGUAUCAAACUGAUCAAAGAAACAAGGAAAGCCUUGGAUGCCGCUGAUCUGGACAGCAUUCCAAUUAUGGCAGGUGCUGGUGGACUGUCUACAAAACAGGCCAUUCAGUUUGCAACCGACGCUGCGGAGGCCGGUGCUGUUUCGGUUCUUGUGAUUGCUCCAGGCUAUUACGGACUCGGCGAAGCAAAUCUAACAGAUUACUACACCAAGAUUGCAGCUGCUUCUCCGAUUCCGGUGCUCAUCUACAAUUUCCCAGCAGUUUCUGGAGGCAUUGACAUGAGUAGUGACCUGAUCCUCGAGAUUGCCAGCAAAUCUCCAAACGUGGUUGGUUGCAAGCUGACGUGCGCUUCUGUUGCUAAGCUUGGCCGCAUUGCUCAAACACCUCUGCCGCCAAGGACCACAGGCAAGCCCUUCUUGGCUCUGUGUGGAUUUCUUGAUUUCCUGCUACCAGGAAUAACCGUUGGGGCAGGCGGAUCAAUUACAGGUGUCGCCAACUUCGCACCAAAAACCUGCCAGAAGCUCUGGAACAUGUGCCAGCAGCCUCUGACUGGCGAAACUCUCAAGGAAAUCAAUGCAUUGCACUUGAUCACGGCGAACGCCGAUGCGGUCGCAUCUAAGGCAGGAAUCGCAGGUGUUAAGGGUUUGCUCCACGAGCUCUAUGGAACUCCAGCCAACGUUCGGAGCCCACUGCUUGCAGCGCCGAAAGAUGCCGUAUCUGAGCUGGUGAACAAUCCGGCGAUUGUUCGGGUCUUGGAGGUUGAAAAAAGUUUGUAG